AUGGUGUCACUAAUGUGCACUCUGAGAGAUCACACAGACGAGGUGGGCUGCUGUGCCUUCUCCCCAUCCCUCCUCGCGACUUCCUCGGGAGAUAAAACCCUGCGUGUUUAUAACACAGCGGACUUCUCGGAGGUCCCCUUCUCCCCUCUCUCGGGUCACGGCUACGGGGUUCACUGCUGCUGCUUCAGUUCAUGCGGAAGUUACCUGCUCAGCUGCUCCACAGACGGCUCCGUCAUCGUGUGGAGCUCAGAGACAGGUGAGAGGGCGGCGGUGCUGCAGCACCCUGAUCGCAGUCCACUCCGAGUGUGCGCGCUGGCCCCAGACUCCUCCCACCUGCUGGCCGGGGCCUGUGACGGUACUGUGGCCCUGUGGGACUUCACCUCCAAGACACUACGCAGGUACAGUGUGGCCUUCAGUGUGAAUCACGUAAAUGACUAUAAAUCAUCAAGGCCCCUCUACACUGCAGUUCUAGCCUCACAGAUGCAUGUAAAGCACAUUUCUGAGGCAGCCUUUGCCUUUAUAAGCUUUACUGAAUACAAUAAACAAUUGAUCCAUAAUAAGAGAUGUAAAAAACAAAAAGGGAAGAGUGGGGUAAGUUGAGCCACCCCCUGUUGCUUGGAAAUGGUAAAAGAAAUUAAUCAUGUGACCAAAUAUUUAGGAGAUGGGCAUCAAUUCAUGGAGUCUGUGAAGGUUAGAAGCACAUGGGUGAAGGGGUUAGACAUUUAUUUACAAAAAAACAUUUUUCACUCUUGAAAGUGAAUUUAGUCUGUCACAAGUUUUAUUAGAAUUGUCUUCAGACCAAAAAAGAUCAUUUUAAAUUUGUUUUAUACAUCAAUUGAAAUAUCUAUGAGCUAUAACAUGAGGUCAAAAACCUAACAUAAAAGUCCACCAUUUUAGCUCAGAGGACUAAUAAAGUCAUAAUAAUAGUUCUGGGGUAAGUUGAGUCAGUGACUCAACUGAGAAAGUAAAGAAGUCUGAUGAGAGGAUCAGAGUUUCAGUUCAGAUUGUUGAAAUGUGUUACUUUUUCUUUUCAAGGAUACAGCUGUGAAUGUUCUGAAUCACUUAAAUACAUUCUCAUUCUCAUGUUAAAAUGACUUUUUACAAAACAGCUUUUCAGAAGUUAUAUGCUAUAAAAAACAGUAUUGUACCAGUUGAAUAGUUUAUAAUAAAUAAAAAUACACAUGAAUGUAAAGAAGUGACUGUUAUUUAGGGAGAGAGAAGGUGAGGGAGGGCUUGGGUGGAGAGUGGGGGAGUAGUAGGGAUACGGCUCAACUUACCCCGCACCUAUGGUACACAGGGUAAGUUGACCAUAGGAGACCACUUUUUAUUGGCAUGCAAUAUUAUCAAGACAGUUAUGUUAACACUCAUUCUGUUGUUUUGCAGGGAUGCACAACAUUUUGAAAUAUAUGCAGAUACCCUAGUUAGAUGUCUUGAUGUAGUGAUCCGAAAUAUGAAAAAUGGCUCAUCUUACCCCACUCUCCCUUAAAGCAUCAAAAACAGGACUUACUAGUGCUCAUUUUUAUUAAAUGACUGACUCCUGCCAGCUGAGCAUCUGAAUUGUUUUAGUAAUUCCUUUAGGCAACCUAAGCCAAAGUCAUCAUGAGCACAAAAGUUCAUUCUUAAACUUUGAAAAUGACAGAAUUUCCAAUUACAUGGUCCACAAACUUGGUUGGUUUUUACAGAGCUUUAAGCCACAUCUUGUAGCAGUGCUGUGCUUGCAGCCCUCAUCAUCAGCAAAAACUAUGCCCUCAAGGUUAUUCUGAGUCUUUACUGUGCAAUUCUGAUUGGGCAUCAGAGCAUUGCCCACUUUGUACUCAGGAGAAGUGCAUUAUAAAAGAAAUCUCAAAGACAGAAAUAUGCUGUCUGAAUUGCAACAGAAAAUAGUUUCAGGGCCUUAUCACAACUUAAGAUGAGAUAGUUCUUCUGCCAAAUUUCCGUUUCUUUUCUUAAGGGAAAUAGGACUUUAUUAAGGCAGGUUCAACCAUAGACACAUGUGAGACCAAUCCCUGAAUCGUUUGUUUGUAACAGAUGCAGUGCUGUGAGCGAGGCCAGUGUCGUGGCCUGCUGCUUCUCCCCCUGCGGUCAGAUGUUUGUGAGUGGCUGCACCUAUGGAGACCUGAAGCUCUGGGAUGUGACAGACGUGAACCUGCUGCAUGCUGAGAAGGACGCCCAUGACCUGGGGGUAACCUGCUGCAGCUUUGCACAACAAUUUAAAGUUGGUGAGUAAAGUUCAAACUGUGACACUGUGUACCCUCCAGGGCCUUUCUCAGACCUAGAUCCUCAGCUUGCACACCUUCACUCCAUUUCCUUGUGGACGGUCUGCCACAUUAAACCUGAGAGUGGAGUGGGAGUGGGUUGUUUAUCCACCUGACAGUCGGUCUACACCAAUGCUGGUCCACUGACCAUGAUCCUUUGUUAAUCAUGAAAGAAACUAAGCAGAUUAAAGAAAGCCCUGUAGUGUUUUCUGUGUGUGCUCUCAUGCAUUGCAGCAGUUGAUUUCACUUUUUUACACUUGUGUGUGUUUUACCCUUUCUUUUAUUCCUCCUGUUUUUCAUAAAUUCUUUGUUUUAGCUUUUUCUUUGGUUUUGUUUUAUCAGUACAUCCUUUAUCCCCAAAACACUUCAGAGGAACAACAGAUGGGUUCAGCCAAAUCUGUGUAAAGAAGCAGAAAGUUUGUUGAUGUUUGCCUCUAGUGAUUGGUGCUGCUGCCCUAAGACAUGAAGGUGAAUUAAGUGUUGGUUUUGCUAAGCCACUCUUUAGCCACAAAUAAUGCUCAGAGCAGCACCUAACUUCAUCAACAGUACAUAUAGGGUCCCAGCCAUAGUACUAGCCACCAAACAACUUUUUAACUUUGCCUGGUUUCUUUAGCAAAGAGACCAAACGCAACUCACCUACUCUCGUCGAGCAGCUGCUUGUUUGUAGCAAGACCUCAGGCCAGUACAUCACUGACUGCUGCGGGGUGACGCAGCUCAAGAAAGAACAUUGAUGAUCAUUUCGUUAUCAUUUCCUUGAAGUAAUAAUCACCACAUUAAUCGUUUUGCACUGUAGUCACGGUAGUUCUUCUGCCUUAGCGUCUCGGUCUGAUUGCAUUUCCAUGAAGUAAUAAUGUGGUGUGUUUGACCCUAAAUUAAUUUUAAGCCGGAAUAUCCCUUUAACUAGUGUGUAAAUUAUACGUUGAUUGAUCUAUUGUUAUUAUAUUCAUUUAUUGUGAUAUUUCUUUGCCUUUAACAUGUAUCCCUUUGAGGUCUCUGGAUGUAAAGGGCACUACAAAUAAUAUGUUUUUUUAAUCAUUCUUAUUAUUAAUAUAAUUAUUAUUAUUUAAUUAAAUAUUUUAAUCAAAAUCUUCAUAAACUACAUAUCUUUGGGUCUUGGUCUGUGGGUCAGAUAAAACAAGAAAUCUGGAGACAGACUGGGCUGAGUAUUUUUGUUGACAAUCUCUUAAAAUUAAAAAGUAUUUAUAUUAUCCAAUUCCUAUUGAAUAAUAAUAAUAAAAUGAUAAUAGAUUUUUAACCUUAAACUGUUUAUAUCUGAAGUCAGUACAAACAAACUGAAGUUCUGUAGUUACAUUUCACAUUUUGCCCGUGUUGAGGGCAGCAUGUUUUAUUCAUUUAUGAAUUGAAAAGCAUUUAUGCUGUGUGUUUAUUGAUGCAGUUGCAGAACAAAAAGUCAUAUACUGUCAUGGAAAUCCUGCCUGAAUCCAAACACUAUAUUAAUACCACAUGCCGUGCAAAAGAUGCCUGUUGUUACUCCCCACAAACAGGUUGUCAGUUGAUAUCUGUCUCCUUUUGUUAUUAAGCUCACUCGAGUGUGAACAUCCAUAGACUGUGGCUGUUUUUGCCUUUUUGUUUUUUUUCUUUGCAGAUGGCUGCUGUGUGGAGUUUCGACUGGCCUCCUGUGGGCAGGACAGCCAGCUGAAAAUAUGGAUUGUUUCCCAGCGUGAUGGAGCGGGUAGGCCAACCUCUCUGCCCACUUCUUCAUCUUAAAGCUCCCUCACUCCAUCACCUGAAAAAGAGAGAGAGAAAGAGAGCGAGAGAGGCAGCUUACUGCUAUAACCUUGGAUUCUCUCUGCAGAAUAGAAGAAUUUUAUUACUGCAUGGAAUAAAUCAGCUGCAGACUGACUCAUUAAUAAUGGAUCACUUUAAGACACUGCUGAAAUACAGCAGCAGUAGGGGCAGAGGACAGGGUGUGUGUGUGUGUGUGUCUGUGUCUGUGUGUCUGUGUGCACAUGCAGGUGGAGAAGAGUUGGAACACAACCAGGUGCAUAUAUUCUCUGUGACAUUUCUAUCAUGUUAAACCAGGAGCAGAACAAGAACAUUUCCUGUACAUUCUCUGCGCUUGUAUAAGCAGCCUACAGACCUUAUUUUCAUUAGCGACGAAUUCCAUGAUGUUGUUAGGUCCUGAGAUGUGUUGCCUUGGUAACGAUCAUUUCUUCGAAGGAUGCAGUGUGCCCUAUGUGGUGACCUGCUAUGCUCAGUGGGGGUUUUUCUCAUCCCUGAGCGGCUUGUAGAGGGACACAAAGAGAUGAAUGUUCGUUUUGCUUCUUUAAAAGGAUUUUUUUCCCGGAACUGUUUUUCUCCGCAGAGGGGCUGAGAUUGGCAUUUCUUUGUGUUUGCACGAUGAUUACAUGCUUUAAUCCUCUUCUAGUUUCCAACUGUAAAAUGACUCAACUGCAUGAUGAAAAAAGAUCUACGUUACCAAAGUUUUGAUACAGAUCGGCUGGUCAGAGCUCAACAAUGUCAGUCUUUUAAGCCCUUUCCUUUCACCCAGCAGCAUGUUGUUUAUCAGACUUAUUUGACUGGAAGUGUUCAGCAAGAAUUUAUCAGGUGGUGUUUUUGUUUUUGUCAUAUUCAAAUAAACCUCUCACAGAGGCGGCGAACCUUAUAUUAACUCUAAUGGAAAAUAGGGAGGUUUCAUUUAAUACACAUUAGUGUUUAAAGGCCUAUUAUUCAAAUGCUGCUACAGACCAAUUAAUUGUGGCGUGUGGGAUUGUUGCUCAGUGAAUUAUCAGCCUCUGCUCAGAGGUGUCUCGGUAUCUGAAGCAGUGAGAGUCUCAGGUUUAUUGCCAAAAAGAAAAUCUUUUGUUUCCCAGCAGCUGUCAGCAGGAGGCACAGCUGUGCAGCAGCAAGGAGGGAGACAGUUAUUGACAAAAGUUUGGAGUGUGAGCUGACUGAAUGGACUCAGACGAUGAUGCACUUUGAAGAGUGUGUGUGUGUGUGUGUGUGUGUGUGUGUGUGUGUGUGUGUGUGUGUGUGUGUGUGUGUGUGUGUGUGUGUGUGUGUGUGUGUGUGUGUGUGUGUGUUUCAGAGAUGGAACUUUUAGGAUUUUUUGGGGGGUCAAUUUAUGGACAGUUUCCUGUAAAGUGGUUGCUGAACAAUACAGACAUGAUGAGAUUUUGAACUUGUACCUUACCUCUGUGUUGUGUGUGUGUGUGUGUGUGUGUGUGUGUGUGUGUGUGUGUGUGUGUGUGUGUGUGUGUGUGUGUGUGUGUGUGUGUGUGUGUGUGUGUGUGUGUGUGUGUGUGGCCCCUCAGCCAGUGUCAUGAAGCUGCUUCACACUCUCACCAACCAGUCAGCUCCAGUUCUGUCCUGUGCCUUUUCUCCUGAUGGAGAGAUAGUUGUCUCAGGGUAAGGCUCACACAUGCACUCCCGCACUCACACACACACACAGGUGCGCACACACUCUCUCCAUGUCUUUGUGAGCAGCACUAAUAAACUCCUCCUGCACUGGCUGCUGAAUAAUAUUGACUUUUGUGCCUGUCAGGCUUGUGUUUUGAAGAAUGAUUCAUUGGCUGAGAAAUCAUUUGCUCAUUAAGGACAAAUUAAGUUUGAAUUAAUUUCUCCUCUGUGUUUAAAUUGCUUUUUUUUUUCCUCUUCGGUUGUAAAUGGCAGAUGUCGGUGUUGAGCACUGAUCCUGCUGUUCCCUCAGUUGGCCACAGGAGGAGUGUCUUUUGUUAUGUUUAGGCGUCUGCUGUUUGGUGUCUGGCUUUGAUUCAAACAUGCUGAAGGUUAAUCUGUGCUCUGAUGGCAGCAUUUAGUCACAUUUGAAUAAUGGACAGGAGUCUGAUUCUUCUCUUUAACACUCUGUGAUUAAACAAACACGUAUGUACCAAAGAUGACUUUGUUUCCUCUCAUCCUUCCACAGUUCAGUGGACAAAAGUGUAGCUGUGUAUGAUGCAGUGAGUGAAGAACAACAAAUACAUUCCCUGUUAAGUUUUUUUACAUUUGCUGUUUACACAGAGGUGAUAAAGCGUUCCUUCUCAUAUUUGUUUGUUCUUUGCUUACAGAACCUGGGAACUCUGCUCCACACUCUGAAACAGCACGACAGGUAAAUGACCGGCCCUCCUGCCGCUAUGCAAUCUCUGCAGCUAUCAGACAAACAGCGGCGCAGGAGUCCUGGUGUUUCAGAUCAAAAUGUGCGAUUUUUGCUUGAUUAGUUUUUCCCAGAAGCACUGGGUGUGGUGAUGCAAUAGCAUCCAACUCUGCUUUCCAGACAGUCAUUGAAGUGGCACCGCAGGUAAGCGCAGGCAGAGCUCUUUGAAGUGCUUGAAAGGAUUUAAGACAUUGUAUGAUCUAAGAAUGCUUUUUUUCUUAUUUUUUUAAGGGCAGCGGCAGCAGCCCGUCUUUAAAGCACAUCUCUUCCUGUGCUGUUUUUUAGCCUUUCAUACACACCCUUCACAUUACUGCUCCUCUUCCUCCUCCUGGCAGGUACGUGACAGCUGUUGCCCUGUCUCCCACUAUGCCCUGGAUUGCAACCGGCUCCAUGGACAGAACGGUGAAUGUGUGGAGAAUAGGAGAUGAAAUCAGCGCGGCUGGUAAAUACUUAACAGAGAGUUGUUUAGUUUGGCGUCUAAAAUGCACAAUCACUCCUCUUUUUAUAAAACCAGACUAUUAGCAGUGGUUCAGAGCCCAGAAGCCAUUUGGAGCCUCCCAAAAGAGUGUUUUGGGAGCUAUCCAGCAGGAGAAGGUCCCAUUACAUGUGUAUUGCUGUCUGGCUGCAGAGACUAGAGGAAGCAUUGCGAUUGAUGUUUAUUGGUGCAGCGGGGUAUACUACCGCCAAGCCUCAGAGAGUUGUUGUUAUUGAGGUGGAUCUUCCUUUAAAAAAAGUUUCAGCCCAACAUGAAAGAGAAAGAUGGGAAUCGUAAAUGAAGAAGGUGCAAUCGUCAGACAUCUGGAGGCCUUGACUCUUCGUUGGGGCUGCAGGUUGAUUUUUAUGAACCAUAUUUCAGCUCAGGGAAGACCUCGCUCUUUAUUCCUCUCCUUUCGCUCCGUUUUCCUCCUUUUCCUUUAAUCUUCUUUCUGCUUUCUUUCCACAUAUUCAACUUAUUCUCUUUUAUGUUUUUCCACAGACUCUGAAUCACAGCAGACAGUGUGCCAAGGUAAAUAAACGCAUCACUCUGUUUUACCCAUAAAAAUCACUAGAGAUCCGCGUUGCUCCUUCUGCCAGAAAAAUGCUGCUGUUUUAUUUGAUAUGUACUUAAUGCAUGUGUGUGUGUGUGUAAGUGUGAGUUUGUGUGUGUGUGUGUGUGUGAGUGGUUCAGGUAUCACUUCAGCACAGGUGUUAAGAUGAUGAAAAACAUCUUCUCUUUUUGCCAUUGUUGCAGUUGAUUGUCGUAAUCCUGGCAUGGCAGUGAAAGCUUUUAUUUUAUCUUUUUUAAUACAGUGUAUCACACUGUGUGAACCUCAGAAAGGUGCUUUCAGAAAGCUUAGGUGGAUGAAAUUAAUAAUAGCUGGAGUCCGGCUUUAAAGGACAAGGCUGGUAUUAUUGAAGAUAUUUCUCUGGAUGCAAACUAAUCCCAUGAAAUCACCAAAACCAUUAAAGUGUUGGUUUGUUUCCAAAAGGCUUUCCUUAACAAAUUAGACCUACAAACUUUAUUUAAGUGUUCAGAUACACUGUUCUUUGUAAAAGUGAUUUUUAGCUACUGUAGCGAACACUCAAACUGCUUUUGGUUAGUUUUGGGCCUGUGGUUCACCAGUUUGUUCCAACCCAAAACAUCCAAGUCAGCUUUGGACCACUGCUGUAAAAUUAGGCACUGAAACUUUGCUCUCCCUUGAGAUAGUUUUAUUAUACGGCUGUAUUGUGGUAUGGUUCUGCUCUGAGAGCUCCCUGCCCCUCUGUGUGCUUACGUGGACUACCAGAGCCUGCAGUGGGGAGAGCGCUUUCUUUCUUUUUCAUGUGCAUGCAUACAUGAAAGCAUAGAAAAACUCCAGAACAGAACAUCAAUGACAAUGCAAAGAAACUGUAAAGAUCAGACGCAGUGUAACAGGAGGAGCUGGGUGGAGGUGGGUUGCAAAGCAUUUGUGUAGGAAGCAGCAAGAGAAGGCCGGCUGAAGAGGUGUAAAUAAACCACCCUCUCUGACAUUUGCCAGUUGUCCUGCAUGAACUCCCACUAUGCUCAAUUAGUUAAAAAAUAAUCAUGGUGAUUAGCAUCUUUUAAUAGACGAAGUGCACACGUUUGCAGCCUAACAGGUAAUAGCUCAGUCUAUAAAGACCAAAGGCAAAAUGACACCAAUACAUCAGUGCAUUACUGAAGGAAUCCUCAUCUGAGCCUAUGGUAAGAUGAACAUUGUUACAGUAGUGUUAAACAUACUGUAUGUUUGAUGUUUUCAAGUGUCUAUAGUUGGAAGCUGGUCUUGUGUUGCGUUCUAGUUACCUCAGAAGUUGGAUGACUGAUCUGUGAAUGACAUUUCACCAGAGUUCACGGUGUUCCAAUAAACAAGUCGGAAAACCAAGAUGGACGUCUACUGUUAGCCGUUGUUAGCUGUUGUUUACAAUGUCCAGCUGUCGUUGGCAAUUGUCAGUUAAUGUUAGCCAUUGUCAGCGGUUGUUAGUUGUUGUUAGCUAUACCAGUUGUAAACAACGCUUAACACAGUAUACACUUUACUCAAUUUACUCUUACAAACACCAUAGCACCGUGUUCACAGUUAGACAUUGUUUCACAAAAACAAAACAAAACAGUAGUGCUAAUAGAUAACCCAGAGCUUGGAAACUCUGACUUCCGAGUACAACUGGAACGCAGCAUUGUUAUACAACACAUAUAGGAUUUAGGUUGUCAGAUGGAGAUAUGCUGUUGAGCAAGGCACUAACCCCCCCAAUGCUUAGGGUACUUGUCCAUGUAAAGCCCCCUCACUCUGAUGUAUCUCCAUCUCCGCAUGUGCAAAUAGGUGCCAACUGGUCUGUAUGUAUUUAAGCCUGUGUGUGUCUUGUGUCAUAUAAUAGCAUAGGGGGAAAAAUGUAAUUUCCCCUUUAGAUUUAAUAAGGCCUGUCUUCUAACAUCAGCAUGCAGCUCAGAGCUAGCUGUGGACUUCACAGGGGUGUUUGUUAUGGCAGCACAUUAAAGAUUCUCUAUAGAAAACCUGAAAACUCAUCUAGACUCAAAAUGAUAGUACCACCUCCCCGAAACCAGGCUUGAUUGACAGCCCUCUUGGCUGCACCUGUCCUCACUGUGGUGCUGAGUGUAAUCAGCCAGAGUGAAUGGGAACACCUGUUCAUGGGAGCGAGUUAGGCUUUGAUUUGAAUACACUGACAGUUGGAGCUGAUCUCAGGUUUUGUGGAAGUUUGUUCUGUAUAUGUGAAACACAAAGGCAAAUGUUUCUCCUAUCUGUUAAGCAUCUAUUCAGUGAUCUGGUCUUUUCCCAGGAUUUACUGACAACAGGAAAAAGUGACUGUCACCAGACUCAGUUUGUAAGUAAAAGACUUGAUGAAGAGAUCUUCAUGCAUCUGUCCAAGUAAUUAAACACUGCAGUGUGAGCUCUUCCAGCCUGCAGUGGGGCUCUGUGAGGUUUUCAUACUUUUGGCACGGUGUUUCCAUGACUCAGCCUGCUAGACUGAGAGACUCCACACUCUAUCAGCUCAGGCUGCAGCAAGGGGGAGGUGUUACUCUGCUCACCGUGGUGCAGAACGAAAAAGUGGAUCUUUCCACUUAGUGUGCAACUAGGCUUUGGGCAAGAUGCCUAUUUACAUGGUUUUGGACUACUCAGAAGAGGAUUUUUUAGGGUCUGUUGGAGGUUUUUCUCAGGGCUAAAGUGCAUAGUGACAAUUUAUUUUACACACUGGCAUUUCCAGAACAGCUAUGAGUGAGACACAACAAACUAUAUUAUCUAUUAACAGAGCAGCAAAUUUGAUUCUGGGGUUGGCAGUGCUGCCAAGUCCAGAAAUAUUUCAACAACUAAAAGCUAAGCUGCCAUCAGUGUUCAUUUUUCCUGUUUUAUGAACUGUGGUGAAAAUUGGGACACAUGCUGAUGCCUCCCUCUAGAUAAAUUAUGGUUAUUUCAUUCAUUUCAGGAACUAAUAUUUGGUUUAUAAAAUUGUCUGGCUUACUGCUAGCCUCAGCUCUGUUUUUGUGGUGCCAAUGUUAGAGUACUGAAUGUCUAUUCUCAAAAUAUAAACACUGGCUGAUAGGGGUGGGAGAAAAAGUAUUGUGAUAUUUUGUCUGGUGAUAUAUCAUAACGCGAUAUUUUGUCUGGUGAUAUAUCAUAACGCAAUAUUUUGUCUGGUAAUAUAUUGUAUCACAAUAUUUUGUCUGGUGAUAUAUCAUAACGCGGUAUUUUGUCUGGUGAUAUAUCAUAACGCAAUAUUUUGUCUGGUAAUAUAUUGUAUCACAAUAUUUUGUCUGGUGAUAUAUCACGAUCGCGAUAUUUUGUCUGGUGAUAUAUCAUAACGCAAAAUUUUGUCUGGUAAUAUACCAUAUCACAAUAUUUUGUCUGGUAAUAUACCAUAUCACAAUAUUUUGUCUGGUGAUAUAUCACGAUCGCGAUAUUCUGUCUGGUGAUAUAUCGUAUCACGAUAUUUUGUCUGGUGAUAUAUCGUAUCACAAUAUUUUGUCUGAUGAUAUAUCAUAUUGCGAUAUUUUGUUUUGUGAUAUAUCAUAUUGCGAUAUUUUGUUUUGUGAUAUAUCGUAUCACGAUAUUUUGUCUGGUGAUAUAUCAUAUUGCGAUAUUUUGUCUUGUGAUAUAUCGUAUCACAAUAUUUUGUCUGGUGAUAUAUCUCAUCGUCUCAUUGAACAAGUAUUGAUCUUUCGAAUUAAUAGCUAAUAUGAAGUCAAAUUUGUGAUAAUGGAAAAAUAAUAAUAAUAAAAUCAACAGUUUGUCCAGUGAGGUUGGCAGAAGUGUAGAGCAGGAGAAAGUUAGUACAACAAAUAAAUAAAAGGUUAGCAAGCCGUGUGACAUGAAAUGAAAUACAACGUAAAUAAGACAAACAUAAAGGAAAGACAAAUGCUAAAUUAGCUAAACAGUUGAAAAAAAUUGUAUUAUUCGCAAUAUAUUGUAUCACAAUACUCAAUGUAUUGCAAAGUGUUAAAAAUCACAAUAAUAUCAUAUCAUGGCCCAAGUAUCGCGAUAAUAUCAUAUCAUGGGGCCAGUAGUGAUCCCCACCCUUACUGGCUGAUAAAUAUUAGCAUGUAAGGCACAGGCUAGUUUAUCUAUGAUUUUCCUAACAGAAAACAUUUUUUCUCAUUCUUUUGGCUGCCAGGGGAAGGGAGAGGUGACAAGGAAAGCCAACAUGUGGUUGGCGUAGCUAUGAGCAACACCUCCACGUUCUCAGGGUUAUCCUACUGGUCUCUAACAGAGGGCGAUGGGAACCAUGCAGCUGCUGGGAGGUGUCAUUUAUGGAGUAACACACAACAGGCCAGUUUAUCUCAGCCUGGUGUGAUAAAUGAUGGCGGCCCACUGGUGUAGUGUCAUGUGAAGGUUGAUUAGCUGCAAACUGGCACCAAGUGAAGACACACAACCCUGGAUUUAUUUGUCUUCUUUGGGAGGAUCACAUGCUUGUACGCUUAGUCAGAAGUUUGUUCGUGUGUGUGUGUGUGUGUGUGUGUGUGUGUGGUAUUUAUCACUUUAACAUCAGUGCAGACUGAGUCUACCCUUUGUGGAGGUGUGAAGGGAAAUAGUUUACCGCAGAUAAUUUUUGUUGCUGCAGAUGUAGGGAGUUGGAGGUACAAAGCACAGCACUUCCGCCCUUCCUGUUGUGUGUUUUCGCAGGAAGGAAGCUGACGGGUCACUCCAGGCUGCUGCUUGCCGAUUGGUCGGAGGAGGAUGUGCAGGCUUGGAUGUGCGAGGAAGGGCUGCAGGAGCUCAUCAGCAUCUUUAAAGCCAACAACAUCGACGGGCCAGAGCUCAACAAGCUGAACAAGGAAACAGCAACAGAGCUGGGGAUCGGUAAGGCAUCAGAAUAUCAAACAAAGUCACAAACAUAAGCGUACGCUCCACACACACAGUCAUUUCAGUCUUUUCGUGCAGAUUUACAGUUUGAUCCUAAAACACGAGCAGAUUGAAUGGGAUAGCACGAUAUAAGCCGCUUUUUCAUCGAAGCUUUGAUUUAUAUUUUACCCUCCCCACCCAACAGCUUUCCUCAAACAGUGAUCUGAUUUAGGGAUGUGAAGCCGCAGUGUUUCUAUCUGCUUAUACAAUCAUAAAUCACGCUGUGAGGACAGUACCCCACAGAAUGACCUUUACGUCACAAACAAUGAUAAUCCCUCUGAAAAUAAGAUUAGUCCGCUCAGGGUUGUCCAAGGGCUCUGUGUGGAGAGUCACUGCGCACACUGUGGCCAGAAACACUCAAAACACUUUCUUCACUGCGGGCCACAGACACCAGUGUAUCAGUAAUGUAUACAGAAGAGCAGGGCGAACAAUAUGCAACAGUCAGCGUUAUCAUCCGACCACGUCCAUGUUGCUCUUUUAUGAUGAGUUGUGGCUCUUUUAAGUCAGACUGGAAAAAAAAAUCAAUAAAUAAUUUAAAAAAAGGAAACACUGUCAGCAGAAUUGAUGCAUUGCAUCACUUCAUUCUGUUACAAACCUCACCAUAAGUGCCCACAGUUACAGAACCACGUCUUUACAGCGACGCAGACAGUGACGCUGCAGCUGCAUGCGGACGCUGCCCCGUCCUGUCAGUCAUAACCCCUGUGAAGUGCUUACCGAGCCCAAUCAAAACUAGAGAUCAUGAUUCUACCACAUCAACUUUUAUCUGUCUUUCUAAUGGAGCGAAAACCAUUUUUGAUUAAAGGUUCAGGUGAACUUCAGCCUCUGUUUCAGAUUAAAGAUGUGGAGUCAUGGACACUGAUGUUGCAUCUACCAACUAUCCACGAGCUUCAGGUUUGCAAGAUGUGUCAUAAACAUACACACCUAUCAUUCAACUCGAACACAUCAUAAUUAUGUAAAUGUAUCCAUCGCUCGUAGUCCUAAAAUCAUUUAAACAGUGAAGUUCCUAUGCAGUGUGGAUGAAUAAAGGAAUCAUAUAUUCAGUCUAAAUUUAUCUUUGUACUACGCUAAUUUUGCUGUUGAAAUCGGUCAUCUAAUCAUGGGACCUAAUGAGGAUUCCUUGAUUCAUAGCCAGCCUCAAGUGGACACUGGAGGAACUGCAGCUUCUGCACUUCUGCAAUGGCUUAUUUUUCAGUGCCUAAGAUCGCCACAUGACGCCACCUCUCUUCUUUAACUGAUUUAUUAGCUCAGUGAACAUUUUCCUUUGAACUUUUUUGGGAAAAUAUGAAUCAUUUAACUUUAUCUUUCAAAUAUAGUUUCAAAUAAAUAAAUAGAUUGGCACUAGUCAAAAUGUGCCAGAGACAGAGCUGGACCAUAGACUGUAUAUAGAAUCUACAGUACAUUAUAUAGUAUAUAUACUAUAUACACUAUAUAUAGUAUAUACAGUCUCUGAGCUGGACUACCUGUUUGAUCCAUUCACAGUCUACAUUGUAACUCACUGCUGAGUUUAGCGACGUCUCACUCAUCUACUCACUCAGUGCUCUGCAAAUAUGCAUGUCUCCUAAAAGCUCAUUUAUUCCUUAAGCCUUUGUUUGCAUGUUUGUUCAUUACUGAGUGUAAAAACGAAUCUAAAGACCUUUGUGGCAUCAUCUUGUCACUCCUUUUUAAAAAUGACAAAUAUCUUGUUCAUGAGUUAUGGCCCGUAGCUGAGUGCCAAGCCUGAAUACAAAGAAGACUGAAUCUAAUAGUGUUUUAAUUCUCUUAUCUUUCACUUUUAUUAGCAUAUUAGAGGCUCCUAUCCAAAAGUCUGUGCAUGAAAUACAGCAGAUAUAAACUUAAUUAUUUGUUGUUGAAAAUGAAACAUUCGAGGUUUGAACCUUGUAUUGUGUUUCCUUGGUAGCAUUAUGUUUUGUGUUUUCUAUUUUAAUAUGCUGGUGGUUUCGGUUCAAGGCAGUGCAAUCUUGAAUUCUUAAUGAGUUGUAUAAUUUUUAAAGAAAAUUGGACAGUUAAACACAUACAACAGUACCCAGGGAAGCUGUCUUUGCAUUGAACACUAAGUACGUGCAAUCAAGAUCAUUAUGCAUGAGGCUGAAUCACAGUCCUGCUCAUGAUUAUGGUAAGUACACUCUUUUUGGCUGCUGUUGUAUACACUUUCAUUAAACAGCAGUAGACUUAUUUAAAAACAGUGAAACAAGCAUGCUGCUCAAGUAUGCAGAGUGUGUCCUCUGUCCUGUAGUCCAAGCAUCCUUUUUCCAGUGUCUUAACUGAGGAGGACAACUCUAAUCAUUAGUGCAGAACGAGGACAGAGGAAACAGCAGAUUGCCACAUUUCUUGUCCUUUCUGGGCUGUGCAUCCAACAAACUAUCGUUUUCCAUGCAUGCUGCUUGUGUAAAUGUGUGCUCUGGCAUAUACACACACAUGCAUGCACACACACCCACACACACACACAUAGCAAAUUAGAUUCCAGCACACUUUACUUGAUGAAAUAUUCAUGAAUCUUUGAGUGAGGGGAGGAAAAAAAAAGUUCCUCUCAGAUAUAAUUCAGAGUGACUCUGCAGAGAGACAGCCUCAUUCUGCAGUUUUAUUGUCGCGUCUCAUCAAAUGAUCAAUCUAAAUGUAAAGUGGACCAUAUACUGCUAAUGGCUUGCACCCUCAUGAAAAUAUGGGAAGUACUUAUGGAAAUCUUAAACCCUAUAGAGGCGUUAAGAGCAGGUUUUUCUAUCUAAGAGUAGUUUAUAGGAUUAAUCGGAGGAUUUAAUGGAUUCAGCAUGUCUCGCCGUGAGGGGACGUUUUGAUUAAGCACUAUCACUUUUCCCAUAGGAUUUCAACUAUUUGUGAUUGCAACAGCAGGCCACCAAAGCUGCAUGAGUCUGUUUUGCUUUAAACUCAAUUUGAGGAUUUGCAAACACUGAGAUCAUGCUAAGAUUGUGGUUUGAACUUAAACAGCCCUCCCACCCGCCCUUCCUCUAUUUUCACUUCCUGCUCUGUGAAUUAGUGCAAAAUGAAGAUCGAUAGGCUAGGACAUUUCUUUUGCUUAACUACAUCAUGACGCAUUAGUGAAUAUUUUAAAGGUUGGAGGAACUCAUGACCUUAAAUAGUCCUUACUUACUUACUGUACACCUAGUACAGCUGAUCUAGUCUGGAUAGCCACCUUCAGUUUUACCUCGUGAUGUAACUAGCAGCUGAUCACAAGUCUUGAAAGCAUCAUAAUAAAUCAGUGGUGUGCUGAUUGAUCUUCCUCUAUCAAGGUCUUGUAGUUCUUGUUUUGGAGUGGGAAAUAAUAACUUGACAAAACCCACAAAAUCUUGAGUAGAACCACCUUGCCUUAAUCACUGAGUGUGUGUGUGUGUGUGUGUGUGUGUGUGUGUGUGUGUGUGUGUGUGUGUGUGUGUGUGUGUCUCUCUCUGCUGCAGCAUCCUGAUGAAACAAAGAGCCAGAUGUAUUCCUGAGGAAAAGACAAACACUAAAAGUCGCCUCUUAGCGGAAUAAAAUUAACAUGAAAUUGAUUUAAGUUUAUGUAAAACACCGGGCCCUUGUUUGUUUUCAUCAUCAGUCUUUGCUUCGCUUUUUUUUUUGUGUGUUUUAAGAACUUGGACUGUGUAUGAUUUUUUUAAAGUCAUAUUUGAAAACUUUGUUGGCUUUUCCAGAGUCUGUGGGCCUUCGGGGUCGCCUCCUGAGAAAGAUUGAAGCCCUGAAGGCAGAGCAGAGUGGGUCAGAGGCCCCAGAUGAGUUUCUGUGUCCAAUCACCAGAGAGCUGAUGAAGGAUCCGGUCAUUGCUGCAGGUCGGAAAACUCAGAAGUCUUUCACUGAGUUCACAAUCAUUUCUUUCUCUAUUUUCUCAAUGUGUUGUCAAAAUGUGUCUUCCCUGCAGAUGGGUACUCAUAUGAGAGACAGUCUAUUGAGAGCUGGAUCAGGGGUAAGAACAAAACCAGCCCCAUGACUAACCUGCCCCUGCAGACCACGCUGCUCACCCCUAACAGAUCUCUGAAGAUGGCCAUCUCACGGUGGAAGUCCAGCCAGUAA